AUGAACAACGAUCAGGAAGCCGAAACUCAGCGACUCGAGGAGAAAUUCCAACAAGAGAAGUCGCGGUUUCUGACUAUUGCCAAGGCCGCCGCCGGCGGCAAAAUUAGCCAGGACAAGCUCGAGGUUCUCGCGGACGGGCUUUUGAAGAAGGAAAGAAGGGAGUCGUCGUUGGGUGCUGUUUCCAAGGCGAAGGAGGAGGAGGAGGAGGAGGAGGUGGUGGUGGUGGUGGUGCCCCCUGGUUCUUCGGUUCCGGCCCCGACCCCGGGGGCCCAAAGUCAUGGCCAAACGCCCGAGUUUGACCCUGCGGCUGGUGGAAGCAGCAAGAGAGCUCGUGUGGGCUUUGCGGCCGAGCACGCCGGUCAUGCGUUCGGAGACGAAUCCCCCGCGCUGGCAGGCGCUGGUCGUGCCGUGCGCAAGCGGGUCGAGAUCAAGAAUCGCGACGUGUCCGACUGGGAGUCGGAGGGGCAGGACGAUAUUUUUGAGGAUCUGGGGUUUGGGACUGGGUGA